AUGGCCUCUCCGGUACCCGAAUCCACCACUCUAGCCCUGUCUUCCAACCCCAGUGAAUUACAGCUCAAGAAAAUAGAUAAAACCGGAAUAAUUGCUCAAAUACUGUCACUUAUUCUUUUAACCCUGCUCCCCGAUAACUGGGAGGAGGUCAAUAUUUAG